UAAAUUGUUUUUCCCUAAUGAAUUUUUUCCAGGAACGGUCACAGCUGCCAAUGCUAGUACGCUAAACGAUGGAGCAGCUGCUUUGGUACUGAUGACUUCAGAAGCAGCCAAAAGACUGAAUGUGAAGCCAUUGGCAAGAAUAGUAGGUUUUGCAGAUGCUGCUGUUGAUCCUAUUGAUUUUCCCAUUGCACCAGCACAUGCUGUUCCUAAGGUACUUGCUCAGGCAGGACUCAAAAAGGAAGAUAUUAAUAUGUGGGAAAUCAAUGAAGCAUUCAGUGUUGUUGUCUUAGCUAACAUUAAAAUGCUAGACAUUGAUCCACAGAAGGUAAAUAUUCACGGAGGAGCAGUUUCUUUGGGACAUCCAAUUGGGUAAGUAAAAAAAAUACAUUAACUGGUGGUGGGAAAUAACCGAUCCCUGUAUAAGUAGACCUUAACAUACGACUGUAAUUGACCCCAGUCAUAAGUCACGCUAGUUGUUAAGU